GUGAAAAUCUAAAUUAUGGCUCAAAGUUCGGAUGCAAGCUUCGAACGCUGCUGUCGACUCUGUGCCGAAGAGCAAGACGUAACUAUAAUGAUAUUUAGUAAAGAAGCUGAGGCACUGCUUCUUCAAAAUAAACUUAACAAAUACUUGUUAAUUGAGGUUGCUGAAGAUGACACACUGCCCAAAAACAUCUGCAUAAGAUGUUGCUAUAAGUUGCAAAGUGUCUGUGACUUUAUAGACACUGCACACAAAGCACAGGAAACUUUAUUGAGACGCAGCACUAUGCUCAAUAAAACUCCUACUACAUGCAUGCCAGUCAUAGAUCCCAAUAGCAUUAAGACUGAAAUAACUGAUACAACAGAAAAGUCAGAAGAAGCAAAGAUAACAGAGAUGGAAGUUAGUGUAGACCCUAUGAUGAUUCUGCAAAAUGAAGAUAUGCUAUCUCCAACUACGGAUGAAACUUGUGAAAAUGCUGUAGAUGUCACAUAUUUACAUGGUGUUGCCUGUGAAGAUGUUACAAUUAAGCUAAUUAGAAAAGGAAGUGAUUCUAAAUCAAAUGACCCAGUACUAGAGGAUAAGAAACCAUUUCCAUGUUUGACUUGUAAGAGGAGUUUCUUAACCGAGUUGGCCUUAAAAAAUCACUCAUGGACCCACUCAAAUGAAGAGAAGCCAGUUAAAAUGUAUCUUUGCAAUACCUGUGAUGAAGGAUUUGAUUUAAAAAAUGAUUUGAUUGGCCAUUUAAAGCAACAUAGAAGAAAUGGUUUUUGCACCGUUUGUGGUAGAACUUUCAGAACAGAAAAGAACCUGGAAGCACAUAUGGCUGUGCACCUGUCAUCAAGUAAAUCAUUUACAUGCAAAGUAUGUGGACGGUCCUACAAUACUUUGAGCAAUUUGAGAACCCACAGUAUAACUCACAGUAACGAGAGACCUUAUCAUUGUCAUUUAUGUAAGAAAUGUUUUAAGAGGAAGCAGGACCUGAAGUUCCACAUAAACCAGCAUACUGGUGCUAAGCCUUACAAGUGUCCAUUCUGUGAUAAAUGUUUUGCCAGUUCUGGGAACUGCUAUUCGCACAGAAAUCGUAUGCACCCUGGGCGCCGUCUGGAGUACAAGCUUAACCGUCGACCUGGAUCUACAAGGGAAAACCAAUCAAAGAAUAAGGAUAAAUUACCUACAGUGCGCCUUACUAAUGUGAAAGGAAUAUUCAAGUACUUCUGUCAGAUUUGUGGCCACAGUUUUAUGAAGAGGGACAACUACACUUACCACAUGUAUCAGCAUACUGGUGAAAAGCCUUUCACAUGCUCAUUCUGCCCGGAGAAGUUUGUAACUAGAAGAGGACUACUAUUCCACCAUAACAAGGAUCAUCCAACUAAGGACAGACCUCUUGCAUUACUGUCUAAAAAUGCUUUACUGAAGUAAUCAUUUUUACCUAAUGAACUAGAACCUUGUUAGCAAUAACAAUGUUUACACUUGCAUUGAAAUACAUAAAACCUACUGCAAAUUAUAGGAUAGUUAUUACCUAUUGAACUUCACUGGAAACA